AUCAUAUUUUCACAUCUGUCAUUGUGCUACGUUGAAUAUGUCAAAAAUGUAUUCAACUGCACAAGCAAUUUAGAAAGUAGUUAAAAGAAUGAUAUCAGUCGUCUACGGUAGUGAUAAAUAUAGCUGGAUAAAAUAGAAUUGUAUUAUCCGUCAUAAUUAAAACAUUUAAAAAGUAAAACGGGUCGCUAUUUACGAUCUUCUGAAUGCUGGGGAGAUGAGAGAAUAGUAAUAUCUUUAUUUUCUGUUUUAGUGAUGUGAGCGUAGCGGAACAAAAUCAAUGGAUGCAUAAUAUGAAUACUAAAAAAGGAAACUUGGUGCUUCUUCAUAUAUUCACGAAUAAGCCUCGGAAUUAUAAUUGUUGGAAUAUUCAAUCAUUACAGGUUGCCUUGUGAAAAACCCAAUCGAAAAUACUACAUAGGAACAAUUACCUGAGCUGAUUAUCCUAAGCAUGGGAAACUCAAUCACGCGUACCGAAUCAGAGAGGCUUGCAUCGAUUGAACUGACUGGCGGGCAAAUUGCUGGUAUUGUCAUUGGAAUCAUAUUUGGAAUCCUAGUGAUCGCUGCGCUGAUUGCAUUCUUUGUGUACUGGACGAAAAAGAGAUCAAAAGUGAAGUCAAAGACGUAUUACAACAAAACUUACCUCACUCAGAGUCACCCCAAGACCUCAACUGGCCAACCGUUGCAAAGUGACAGUAGAAAAAGAAACCAUGAUGACAGGCGCCCACGACAACAAAUGGACGGAUUAUAUUCCUACGUAUUCCCAUCACAUUCAUCUGGUUCACGGACAGUAAUUGAGCCACCGCACCGAGUUCAAACUGUCCCAGUCCAGAAUUUCCCGGUACAGAACGUCCCAAUACAGUCUGUUCCAGUACAAACCCUACAAGCACAUAGUGUUCCUGUCGAGACCGUUCCUCUGCAAACAGUUCAAGCAGUAAACACAGUUCCGAAAAUGAUCCAAACAGUUCGGACUGUUCCAGUACAAACGGCUCAAGCAGUACAGGGUGUUCCUGUACAAACGGUUCAAACAGUACAGGGUGUUCCUGUACAAACGGUUCAAACAGUACAGGGUGUUCCGACACAAACGGUCCAAACAUUUCAAAGAGUUCCAGUGCAAACAAUGCCUGUCCAAACACUCCGAGUUGAAGCACAAACCUACCCUGGGGAAACUGGAGAAACAACUGUGAAAACGUCGGAUCCAAACUAUCAGCCUACUUACUGGCGUAGAACAUCCGCUAAACGCUCCAAAUCUUUCAAAGGCCGAGGAGACAACUACAGUUACGAUGAUGGUGGGUUCUAUGGCUCAGUGUAAUAUAAGAUAUGAUCAUAAUUUAAACGAAGAAACAGUUACUCGCUACUCUACUUCUACCUCAGCCUCAGAAGUAUUUCCAAUGAAAUAUCGAAUAUGCCCGUAAAUUCUUAAGAUGUUUCGUGGACCUUGAGCCAUCCUUCAUCAAAGGGCUUCAUUUAUUUUACAAUUUUGGAAAGAACUGAAAUACCCAUGGACCAAUGAUGACUUAAGCAUAUAUUACUUAUGGUAACUGGACAAGGGGAAUGCCAUUAAUAUGGUGAAGCGAUGGUGGAUAGAAAAGAUUUGUCAAGCUGUAAAAUGUCUUGGACGUGUCAAGAUCGAAUUGUAUACCAAAGGACAAAUCGAAUACUAAAAUAUAUGUGGACCAUGUUUAUUAUGUAACUCGAUCUUUGCAUCAAGAUUUGAAGGAAGAUAUUAGUUAGACUAUGUAUAUCUAUAGUAUAUCUAUUGAGAUAAAUGUGUGAUUUCCUAGUGUGGGGACGAGUUUGAAAUGAGCUGGUAUUGUUUCGCAAGCGAAGGGUGUAUGGUGGGAAAGGAGGUGUCAGUGAUGUGACGGAUGGAUGUAUUGUGCCAAUAUGGCCAUGGUGUCCUAUGGGGAAGGUGUGGUUUAUGUCAGACGGGUGUCGAUUAGGACGUAGGGAAUUAAUUGUGGCAUGGGUGUAUUCUAGGCGAGAGGUGUAAUUCAAACCUACGUGUGAAAGGUGCAACGUAUUUAUUUAUUCUGCCCGGCCUACCUGGGGGUUGACAACGAGGAUAUACAGAUGCU